GCAAUCACUAAUAGGGGGCCUCCAAUCAAGAGCACUCGAAUGAGUGUGCUAGAUACUGGGCCAGUACCCUCUACUGGAAUUAAGCCCUGCUCGAGCUCUCCCUGCGACACUAAAAACACUAAACAAACUGAUGAAAUAUUGAACUCGAUCCUACCUCCAAGAGAAUGGACAGAUAAUAAUCAAUUGUGGAUUCAACAAGUAUCGAGUACACCAGCCACUCGUCUUGAUGUUGUUAAUCUACAAGAGGAAUUAGACAGACGCCUCCAACAGCGACAAGCUCGAGAAACUGGCAUUUGUCCCAUUCGGCGAGAGCUGUAUUCGCAGGUCUUUGACGAGCUUAUUCGCCAAGUAACCAUCAAUUGUACUGAAAGAGGUCUGUUACUUCUGCGCGUAAGGGAUGAGAUCAGAAUGACCAUUGCUGCAUAUCAAACGCUAUAUGAAUCUAGUGUUGCUUUCGGCAUGCGGAAGGCCCUUCAAGCCGAACAGGGAAGGGCAGAACUUGAUAAGAGAGUGAGUUUCUGGCAUUUAUACAGGAAUUUAAUAGAGGUCAUGUAA